AUGUGCCAGCCAACCCUCGAGCCGUCUGUUAUGGCUAUUCUGAAGGCAGCCGAGCUCCAUGUUACCACCGACGAGCUCGAACCCGUGCCUUCUCCCCGGCACCAGCGGAGAUAUCAAGUCAGAGUCCCUGAUGGCAGGGCCCUGGAGUUGGUUCUGCCACCCUCCUCCAUGGCGAGACUCCUCAGGUCAGAGCAGUCCCUGAUCAACUCCGAGGCUGCCGUGGUGCGGUGGAUUCGCGAGCUCGUUUCUCACGAGACUUCCCGCGGCCAGAGACCGUCCACGAAGGAGGCGGCCGUCACUUCGCCGAGUAGCGAACCCGAGUUGCCCGACCUCCUUCCGAAGCUGGUCCAUCAUUGUGCGGCUCCCAAGGAGUUCGGCAUCCCUUACAGCAUCUUCCAACGCAACCGCGGCACCGCCAUUUCUGCUCUCCCCGGAGGCCUUACCGAGAAGGAACGCAGCCACGUCGACUUCCAAAGGGGAAGGCUGACCCGUAGGCUCUCAGACAUGAGGUCUCCGUCCGGCCGGUUCGGUCUCGCCGCCAGCGUGCUCUCCGAGGGUCCUUCGCCCAGACGGUCUGAUGGAAGCCAGAGCCCACCCGGCCCGGGAGGUACUCGAACAUGGUCGGCUGCCUUCCACUCCAUGCUCGAGGGCAUUCUUCGUGACGGAGAGGACAUGGCGGUAACGAUCUCGUACUCCGCGAUUCGAAGGCACUUCAAGCGGCUGCGCUACCUGCUUGACUCGGUUAUGGUACCGCGACUGGUUAUCAUUGACGGAGCAGACCAUUCCAACGUGCUGGUCACAUGGACGGAGGGGAGGAGCGACGAUACCCGAAGCGGGAAACAGCGCCGCAAGACUGAGGACACUAAUCCGGAACGAGACUUCACUGGCGGAGGUGGUUCCUCCACCACGCGGAAGCUGAGUGACGAGGACGUCGACGACGGCAAAAGGGGAGAUGGGAAAAAGCAGGACGACGGCGAUGAAGAGAAGGCAGAUGAUGAGAAAUACGGAGAAGGUGAUUAUAAAGGCAUGGGGACUACUAAGAAACAAACUAUCCGGGUUACCGGCCUUCGCGACUGGAGCAACUGUGUUUUCGGAGAUCCCCUGUUUGCGACGGCGUUCAGCGAUGACCCCUCCGAUGCCUUCCUUCGAGGCUUUUACGGCUCGGACCAGCCUGCCGUCGAGUCACCCAACCGGUGCGAGGACGACGACGUUCCUAUUGGAGACGAGCCCAAUUCCCACAUUCGGUUGCUGCUGUACCAGGCGUACCACGCUAUUGUGUCCAUUGUCAGGGAGUUCUACGGCCAGAGAACCGAGAGGAGCAGGAUGGAGCUUGCCGCGAGGAAGAAGUUAACCGAGACCUUGGCCCAGCUAGACGGGGUGGACGACGAACCGAAAAGAAGACACCGACGGCCCAGCGGGGAGAUGUCGCCGGCCAAAAAGGUCAGGCAGAGUCCAGAUGUUGGCCCUUAG